AUGGCCCUCGCGACGGGCCGUAAAGUGACAGAGGCCCGGUCCCACGUGACCCCCGUUCCCACUCGCGAGAAGCGACACGCCCAGCUCCACGCCCAUCCCAGCCACUGGGCAGCCGCAAAGCCCCGCCCCCGGCCCCGCGCGCCGCAGCGCCCCCUGCCUGCGGCCUCGCCGCGCCCCCCACGUGCUUCCCUCCGCCGUGCCCCCCCCUGCGCCCCGCGCAGCCCUGCCGGGCCCCCCACGUGCGUCCCUCCUCCGUGCCCCCCACCUGCACUGCCCAACUGUCCUGCCGCGCCCCCCACGUGCAUCCUUCCUCCAUGCCCCCCGCCUGCACCCCCCCGCAGCCCUGCCAGGCUCCCCACGUGCAUCCCUCCGCCGUGCCCCCCACCUGCACCCCUCGCAGCCCAACCGGGCCCCCCACGUGCGUCCCUCCUCCGUGCCCCCCACCUGCACCCCUCGCAGCCCAACCGGGCCCCCCAUGUGCGUCCCUCCUCCGUGCCCCCCGCCUGCACCCCCUGCCGUGCCCCCCACAUGCAUCCCUCCUCCGUGCCCCCCACCUGCACUGCCCAACUGUCCUGCCGCGCCCCCGACGUGCAUCCCUCCACCGUGCCCCCCGCCUGCACCCCUCGCAGCCCAACCGGGCCCCCCAUGUGCGUCCCUCCUCCGUGCCCCCCGCCUGCACCCCCUGCCGGGCCCCCCACGUGCGUCCCUCCUCCGUGCCCCCCACCUGCACUGCCCAACUGUCCUGCCGCGCCCCCCGCCUGCACCCCUCGCAGCCCAACCGGGCCCCCCACGUGCGUCCCUUCUCCGUGCCCCCCACCUGCACCCCUCGCAGCCCAACCGGGCCCCCCAUGUGCGUCCCUCCUCCGUGCCCCCCACCUGCACCCCUCGCAGCCCAACCGGGCCCCCCACGUGCGUCCCUCCUCCGUGCCCCCCACCUGCACCCCUCGCAGCCCAACCGGGCCCCCCAUGUGCGUCCCUCCUCCGUGCCCCCCGCCUGCACCCCCUGCCGUGCCCCCCACAUGCAUCCCUCCUCCGUGCCCCCCACCUGCACUGCCCAACUGUCCUGCCGCGCCCCCGACGUGCAUCCCUCCGCCGUGCCCCCGCCUGCACCCCUCGCAGCCCAACCGGGCCCCCCAUGUGCGUCCCUCCUCCGUGCCCCCCGCCUGCACCCCCUGCCGUGCCCCCCACAUGCAUCCCUCCUCCGUGCCCCCCACCUGCACUGCCCAACUGUCCUGCCGCGCCCCCCACGUGCAUCCUUCCUCCAUGCCCCCCGCCUGCACCCCCCCGCAGCCCUGCCAGGCUCCCCACGUGCAUCCCUCCGCCGUGCCCCCUGCCUGCACCCCCCGCAGCCCAACCGGGCCCCCCAUGUGCGUCCCUCCUCCGUGCCCCCCGCCUGCACCCCCUGCCGUGCCCCCCACAUGCAUCCCUCCUCCGUGCCCACCACCUGCACUGCCCAACUGUCCUGCCGCGCCCCCGACGUGCAUCCCUCCGCCGUGCCCCCGCCUGCGCCCCCCCACAGCCCAGCCACGCCCCCCGCCUGCACCCUCCGCAGCCCUGCCGCGCCCCCCACGUGCAUCCUUCCUCCAUGCCCCCCGCCUGCACCCCCCCGCAGCCCUGCCAGGCUCCCCACGUGCAUCCCUCCGCCGUGCCCCCUGCCUGCACCCCCCGCAGCCCAACCGGGCCCUCCAUGUGCGUCCCUCCUCCGUGCCCCCCGCCUGCACCCCCUGCCGUGCCCCCCACAUGCAUCCCUCCUCCGUGCCCCCCACCUGCACUGCCCAACUGUCCUGCCGCGCCCCCCACGUGCAUCCCUCCUCCGUGCCCCCCGCCUGCACCCCCCGCAGCCCAGCUGCGCCCCCCACGUGCAUCCGUCCUCCGUGCCCCCCGCCUGCACCCCCCUCAGCCCAGCCGUGCCCCCCACGUGCAUCCCUCCGCCGUGCCCCCCGCCUGCACCCCCCGCAGCCCAGCCGGGCCCCCCACGUGCAUCCCUCCUCCGUGCCCCCCACCUGCACCUCCCGCAGCCCUGCUGUGCCCCCCAUGUGCAUCCCUCCUCUGUGUCCCCUACCUGCGGCCUCACCAUGCCCCCCACAUGCAUCCCUCCUCCGUGCACCCCGCCUGUGCCCCCCAUCAGCCCUGCUGGGCCCCCCAUGUGCAUCCCUCCUCUGUGCCCCCCGCCUGCACCCCUCGCAGCCCAACCGGGCCCCCCAUGUGCGUCCCUCCUCCGUGCCCCCCGCCUGCACCCCCUGCCGGGCCCCCCACGUGCGUCCCUCCUCCGUGCCCCCCACCUGCACUGCCCAACUGUCCUGCCGCGCCCCCCGCCUGCACCCCUCGCAGCCCAACCGGGCCCCCCACGUGCGUCCCUCCUCCGUGCCCCCCACCUGCACCCCUCGCAGCCCAACCGGGCCCCCCAUGUGCGUCCCUCCUCCGUGCCCCCCACCUGCACCCCUCGCAGCCCAACCGGGCCCCCCACGUGCGUCCCUCCUCCGUGCCCCCCACCUGCACCCCUCGCAGCCCAACCGGGCCCCCCAUGUGCGUCCCUCCUCCGUGCCCCCCGCCUGCACCCCCUGCCGUGCCCCCCACAUGCAUCCCUCCUCCGUGCCCCCCACCUGCACUGCCCAACUGUCCUGCCGCGCCCCCGACGUGCAUCCCUCCGCCGUGCCCCCCGCCUGCACCCCUCGCAGCCCAACCGGGCCCCCCAUGUGCGUCCCUCCUCCGUGCCCCCCGCCUGCACCCCCUGCCGGGCCCCCCACGUGCGUCCCUCCUCCGUGCCCCCCACCUGCACUGCCCAACUGUCCUGCCGCGCCCCCCGCCUGCACCCCUCGCAGCCCAACCGGGCCCCCCAUGUGCGUCCCUCCUCCGUGCCCCCCACCUGCACCCCUCGCAGCCCAACCGGGCCCCCCACGUGCGUCCCUCCUCCGUGCCCCCCACCUGCACCCCUCGCAGCCCAACCGGGCCCCCCAUGUGCGUCCCUCCUCCGUGCCCCCCGCCUGCACCCCCUGCCGUGCCCCCCACAUGCAUCCCUCCUCCGUGCCCCCCACCUGCACUGCCCAACUGUCCUGCCGCGCCCCCGACGUGCAUCCCUCCGCCGUGCCCCCGCCUGCACCCCUCGCAGCCCAACCGGGCCCCCCAUUGGAGGGCUUCCUGCUGCCGAGUAGGAUCUCCCUUACUCAUUCCAACCAUGGUUCAACCAUGAAGCUUCUAAGCUGUGAGGUGGAGGGACUGCCCGUCAGGGUGAUGAAGAUGAUCGUGGUCCUGAGUGAUCAGAUUGGGAAGGAGUGGCAACGUGAUUGGGGCAUCCACUGA